GCCUAGUGGAGGCCCCUUUGGUGAACACCUUGCUUUUCACCAAAACCAAAAAUGGCAGCCAGGAUCUCUUGUCAUGGUCACCCUGCUUCUUCCUCUUCCAUGGCCAUGAUCAGCCCAAGGUCUGGCACAAGGAAGGCUUCCUUCAGGUUCAGCACCUCUGCUCAUGGCAGCAACCUCUCCUUUGCUGCAACGAACAACAAGAAGGUGUUUGAGGACCAAUUGAGAGGGAUAGUGUGCUACAUAGAUGAGAAGGGGGAGAUGAUCUGCGAAGGAUACGACGAAGGCCCGAGGCUUGGAAUGCGGCUGCCGGAGAAGGCCUGCUUCCCAUGGCCUGUGGGAGUUCAUGUCACUGACUUCAUCCAGCUGGCGACGCUCCGGGUUUUCGAGGACGUCGAUGCUCUUCAGCUCAAGAGUGAUCAGAAGAGGCAGCCCUGAACAUGGAACUGAUCAUGUAAGCAUAGUUGUCUAGAGUGAUGCUGUUUGAGAAUAACCGCAAGAGGUGUUGCACUUAGUUACUCAUAUUGCUCCUCCUGUUCCAUCGUCCUCUAGUUGAAAAGAGAUGGACCUGGGGAACUGAAGCCGUAUAUUGAAGAGGAAGCACUGCAGUUUAUAGUUUGUUUAAUUUACCAGGAUUAACUCUGUGCUUCAUCAAAAUUGCUUCUGUUCUUCUCACAGUAGCAUAGAAGAGCACUUAUCAAGUGGUGAAAAAGUUAUACAGAAGCAUUUCUGCAAGGAUGAGAUUGUUUAUACCACAUCUUUUUUUACCAGUUACGUCAGCAAAAAGAUCUGAAUAUAUUUUCCCUUUGACGGAAAAAGAGACCUGAAAUUCUGUAUUCCUGAUCAGGGCAUGUCAUACACCAGAAGCUUUGUUUUUCUUUAGCUUGAAGAAAUACAGUUGCAGCUACUUGCAUUUUAUAGCCUCGGUUGGUCAUCUGACUGUGAAUACCACUUCUUGUUCCAUCGCAUUUAGCCAGCAAUAACAUCGCUAGUCCAUGGAAACUCAGAACAAAAAAAUAAAUUAAAAGAAAUGGUCAAUGAUCAGCAAACUGGUGGCCAUUGUUAAUGCAAGUCUGUCAUGUGUGGGUAAGAAUCUGGAGGCUUUUGUGUAUGUCAACAUCAUUGGAGACAUUCAACAACCAUCUCAUUAUCCUUUCAUACCUUGUGAGCAACUCAGCAUCAAUUAUCAGCUUAAACAAGAAAGUAUUUUGGACUUUAGCAAAGACUAUACUUUCUAGACUUUAUUUGCAGCAAUUCCGUGGUUGAGUCGUUCAAAAUAUUUAGGAUUUUUGGGGCAAAAGAAACAUCCUGUCCCUGUUUGGAACGCAGGAACUUACCCCUGCACGAAUGAGAG